AUGAGUAAUUCACCCCCUACGGCAGAUGGGGACAAUGGUCUCAAGUCAAAGCAACCUGUUCCCGAUAAAAAUGCCGGUGAAGUUGCCCAAGAAAACACCAAGCCAGAAGAGCCAGAACAAGGCGAAAAUAAUGGAAAAAAGGAAACCUCGAUGGAGCGUUCCGCCAAGACAGAUAAUGAGGCUCACGAAAAUCAAGAAAAUAAUUCAUCCGAAAAAAAUUCCUCGGAUUCUUUCCAAAUCGAUUCUUACAAAAUUCAAGAUAUUUUCUGUCAAACUGCGAACACAACCAAUCCAGAGUACCUUGUCAGCCUGGAAGGAUCAUCAAUUAUUCGUACUGUUAAAGUGGGAGAGGACGUUUUCCAUUCUUCUAAAGAUUACCAGAAGAAACUCAAGGAAUUCAAGAAUUCUACCUCCCCAGGUAUCAUCGUUUCGAAUUUGACAUCCGAGCUCAUAGAGCCGAUGUCAUCCCCUAUAUCUGUCCCUUGUUUAUAUAUGGAUAGAAUUAUAACUCAUCGCUACGCCUAUAGUCCGAACACAUACCUUAUUGAGCCGAUCGACGAAGACGAUGAAGAGGAAUUUCUCAAGGACCAAAACGAGAAAAAGGAAAAAACGGUUAUUUAUUUCGUUAAGUGGAAUGGCAUGGAUGAAGAGUCAGCAUCAUGGGAAACGGAGGACACCAUUGCAGGCAAGGCUCCUUCCCUAUUUUGUGCUGCAAAUGCCUAUGAUUUCCCAAGAAUUAUCGAAAACUACUGGAGAAAGACGAAGAUCAUUGACGAAGAGUCGGACUACAAGAAAUUCCCAGAAACUCUCGAGCCACAUGAUUUACUCCACGAUAUUAAAUUAUCGGACGCACAAUUAGAGAUUUUCAACUUCCUCGUUAAGACAAUUUCAGCCAAUAAGACCCCAGUCGUCAGAAUUCCUCAGGGUAUCGGAAAGACUGUCGCUAUAACCUCAUUCCUCAACACAGCAGUCUUCAAGCUCAACGAAAACCACCCAACGCUUCUUAUCUGCGACGAUACAUACACUUGGGUCGAGACACUCAGAUUCGCUUCGAACUUGUACUGGUGCGAAUAUCCAGAAUAUAAAGGAGCCAGAAGCAUCAUUUCCCGCGAAGAGUUCCAGGGCAAGAUUGGCGCUAAGUUCGAUAUCAUCGUCAUGACCCAUGAACUCUUACAACGCGCAAUGAAUGCAGUUAAUAAAGUUAAAUGGGGAUUCAUCAUCUUUGAUCAGACAAACGAUCAAUUCAAGGUCCCAGUUUGGGUCACAAGACUUCCUGGCCACAAGAUCUAUCUCUACGAUCAACAGAACGAUGAUUAUUCUCAAAUUCAUUCAUCAUACGAAGUCGCUACCAUUACUGGACAAGAGUACAAGGCAUACGAAGAGCUAAUCAUGGUCCCAGAUCUCAAUGCCGGCCUCAUUUACGAUUAUUUAUACAAUCAUCUCAAAAAUUACAACCUCGAGCUUUACGACAACUUCCAAGUCCAAGUCUUCUUCCUACAAUGUGCAUACUCGCACCAAUUCCUUGUUCCAGAACUCAAGGAUAUCAUAAUUGGUCGCAAGGCUAAAGAACUUGGCUCUGCUCCGACACAAGAAGACAUUCUUGAGCUCUCAGGCGAGUGUUCUGCCAAGUUCCAAGAGGUUUUGAAGAUCACAAUGGAGUGCACUUCAUCUAAAACUGUUUGUGGCGUCAUCGCAAAUGGUUUCGCAGUAUUACGUUUACUUAAGGAGUUCCUUGUACACAAAGGUGUCCCAGCAACUCUUCUCAGUUCCCCAAUUCCAGGCGAAUCCUUCGAUAAGACCUUCGAAUGCGGCGCAUUGUUAAUGACUCGCAACAUCAACUCAUCAGUCAUCGAAAACUUGGACAUUUCCACUCUCGUUUUCUACGAUAUCGACGAAGAUUUCCAAACCGACCUCCACAUCCAAGAAUACCUCGGCAGAUGCUCACAAGUUGCUGUCAAGCGCUUAAUCACUGCCGAGUCCGCCGAAACAGCCAUCUACGGCCAUGUCCUCAACACGGACGAAUUCUACGCCCAAGGCAUGGAGAAGGAGGAGGCGGAGGAACUCGUCAGAUACUCCAUUGCAACAACUUCACCAUGGAGUCGCUCCAAAGACCAGAAAACGCAGACAUUGGACGUUGUCUAUCCAGACAUGAUCACGCAGUUGUACAAGGAAUUCAACCAGAUUCCUAUCUCCAGUUUAGAGACUUCCAAGGAAUUCUGGCACCACAUCUACUCUAAGAACGACGAAGUUCCUGCAAACGGAGACAUCACAUUGAAUUCCGUCAGAAAACUCGUUGACGAUGUCUGCAAAUUCGGUGUUUUCGAUAUCAAGAAGAUAGCAGAAGACAUGAAAUUGUCAGAAGAAGUGACAAAAUCUCGUAUUCUCAUGUCAUUCUCGUCAAUGCUCGCUGAAACAAAUACAUACGAUGUUAUUUACAUCGCAUGUUACAUUGCCAAAGAACUUUCAGCGAAACAAGUACCGGUAACUGCUGAAGAAUGGACAGAAUUGUAUUCCCAAACAUACGAAGAUAACAACGACGCAAAGAUCAUCCAACAAAUUCUGUCAGAAUCAAAGGUUUACAAGUCAUUUGCCAAAACAUGUCAAUUUGCAAAUGACAGAAUUGCCGUUGAAGCAUAUUCUCAGUUGACAGAAGAAUUGUAUCCAAGGAGAUACUGGACUGACAAGAGCGAUCUUCCAACGAAAGAACAAUUGAAAGAAGUCCUCAAACAAAGCAGUUCUUUCUGGCAUGUCAGAUACGAUGAUUUGAGAAGAGAAAUGAUGGUCGAUGUCAACUCUUUCGCCACACAUUACAAAGACGAAAAGAUCAAGGAUGAAUCAUUGGCAUUGAAGUUCUGUGUUGACAUUUUCAAGUGGAAUCCAAAGAGUCCAGAAUGGGAUGAAAACGAAGUUCUUCAAGUCAUCGCAAUGCUCAGUGAAUACGGCAUUCCUACGAACAAAGGAAAUGAUGAUGGAGAAGAAGUCCUCGCUCUCUGCAAUUUGAUAAGAAAGACACCGGAAGAAAGUGUCAAAUUCUGUCGUUUGAUGCAGGAAGAAAUCAUGAAAUUCUCUUUACACGAUGUUUCCAUUGUUUUGCCGAACCAAAUGACGAAUACAGAGGAUGUAAUCGAAAUUGUCGGCCAAAACAUUGCAAACCAGAAACCAAACAUCAUCGCAAUGCACGCAAUCAGAAAUUAUCUCGCGAUGACAGAGCAGCAGCGCAAGGAUAAUUUCUCAGGAAUAUUGCCAGACGGAUGGACAGUUGAGACUGAUUAUCUCUUGUUCAGUUUCUGCUGCCAGUUCGGUAUGGAAGCAGCGAACAAUUUACCUGAUGUUGAUAUCGGUGAAACAAGAGAAGGAAUUGACGUUUUCGGAAAUUACGAAAAACUCUUCAAAGCAACCGAAAAUAACUCAGCAAUCGUUGAGAAGAGAAUCACAGCAAUCGCACAAUCAGUUUCUCCUCGUGUUUCUCAUUCUUCUUUCUCCGAUGAAGAGCCACAAAUUCCAAAGACAACAAGAUGUGGCAGAACCGCCAAAGUCACUUCACCUCCUGAACCAACGACCACCAAUCCUAAAGCUGCAAGAAUCAAAGAGGAAAUCGUCAUGAAGGUUCCAGAAAAACCACCACCAAGUGUCAUCAUGGUUCCUCCAGAAGUCAGACUGAGAAACCACGAGAUGUCGAAUGAAGAAUUCCUUCAAUCUGUCAGAGAAAUGCGUAUCGCAUCCCAGAACUUGAUGAAUGCCCUCACAGAAGAACUUUUGCCUCCUGAUUUCGUUCUCCAGAUUUUGAGAGAAAACAAACUCAGUUCACCUAACAUUACUAGUUUGUUACAGAUGGGCAAAUUGCAGCCAAACAUUGUCUAUCAAUUACUUGUCGAGCACCAAAUUACAAAUGAGAUUCUGAAUGAAACAUUGACUUGGGUUCUGAACAACAAGUAUUUCACUGAUGACGUUGUGAGAAACAUCUUGGCAAUCUACAGGUACAACAAGCAGACAAUUUCCCAGGCGAUUUCUAACAGAGGAAUGGUGAUUUCGGACCAGAAACAAACGCCACCUCCGCCUCCAGCGACUGCUCCUCAGAAUCCGCCACAAAUUAAACCACCAAUUCAGUAUUCUGUCAUUUAUCAGCAGCCAGUUGUACAACAAAUGCCUCUACAAGUACAACAGCAGAUACAGAUGCAACAAAUGAUGCUUAACCAGAAUAAUAAUAAGAAAUCUAAGGGUAAAGCUGCACAACCAGCCCAGCCAACACCACAACAGCAGCAACAACAGGCACAACAACCACCGCAGAUGAAUCCGGCCUUAACUCAGCAAAUGUAUUAUAUGCAAUACGCAUAUGCCCAACAACAAGCUGCAGUUGCACAGCAACAACAGGCAGCUGCCCAGGCCGCCGCUGCUGCACAGGCUCAGCAAAACCAGGCACAACAAAAUCAGAAUAAGAAGAAUCAACCACCACCACCACCGUUGCCACAACCAGCGGCAGCAUUGCCAGUAAGGCAUAAGAGAGGUCCUAAAUCUGCAGCAGAAAAGGCAGCCGAGAAGCAAGCUCAAGAAGCUGCACAAGCCGCUCAAGCUGCAGCAUCAGCCGGCUCACAGGGAAUCGCAGUUCCCCUCAAAAUGAACGCCCAGCCAUCUGUUGUCCCAUUUAUCCCUGUUCCUUUGAAGAGUGACAACAAAUCUGACGACACAAGAAGAGGUCAGAAGAUUAUUGAGUCAACUGUCUUGGAUACACUAUUUAACAAGUUGGACAAGAUCGACAAGGACCACAACAAGAAGUGA